GAAGAAGAAGAAGAAGAAGAAGAAGAAGAAGAAGAAGAAGAAGAAGAAGAAGAAUUUGUUAGAGAUCGGUCGGUUUUAUUUACGUUCAGUCAGAGGCUUUUAAUGCACAAUAAUGAACUAUAGUGACUACGACUCUGACGGAUAUUCGUCUAAUGCGGACGCAGACUACGUCCCAUCAGAUGAUAAUUUAAGCGAGGAUGACAUUAACCAGUGUUUAAAGGAGGACCCUCUGUACGCAGAUGAUGUUGUACCAAAUCCUGAUGAUGUCAGCAAAUCAAAAAGGAAGAAGAAGGCCAUCAGCAUGAGAAAGAGGAAGAAAGGAGUACUAAAAUUCGAGAUGGAAGGAGGGGAUAGAGGUGAAGCACAAGAGUCCCAUCCAGCACAGGAAGAGAUGGUCAAACCCAGAGGGGAAGGGGAUGUUGAUGAAGAGAAAUCGAAGAAAAAAUCUGAAGACCUCUGGGUGAGAUUCCUGUCUGAUGUUGGAUCCAGACCCAAACAAUCCACAGAUAAUGCACAGUCAAGUACCACACAGAAGGCAGAUUCUCCAGCGAUGAAGACUACUCUUUUGACUACAGAAACAACAGCAUCAGAACCUGCCAACGUCACGAUAACUAAAGUGUUUGACUUCGCUGGAGAAGAAGUAAGAGUUAAUAAAGUGGUGUCAGCAAACUCCAGAGAAGGUCAGAGUUAUCUGAAGAGCCAAAACACUGAACCGGAGGAAAAUGGAGAAGAAGACACAAACUCAUCACCCGGUCAACAACCUCUUCCUGGCACCAGUGCUAAGCGGCCAGCAGGCAUGUCAAGCCUUCUGAGUCGUAUGGGGGGAAAGAAACAAAAGAUGAGCACACUUGAAAAGUCAAAGAUGGACUGGGACGCAUUCAAAUCAGAGGAGGGCAUCACGGAGGAGCUGGCUAUUCACAACAGAGGCAGAGAAGGGUUUGUGGAGCGGAAGAACUUCUUGGAGAGGGUCGACCAUCGCCAGUUUGAGUUAGAAAAAGCAGUACGACUGAACAACAUGAAACAAUGAUAGCGUUGCCGUUUCCUCAGUAAAGCUGCCCCAGACUGGUGCUGUGGCUUGGGUCUAUUUCAGGACAUGGAUAUUAAAAGGCGUAGUUUGUGUAAUUGUCGGGGUUGAGUGUUCUGUCCUUCCAUCAUUGUGAGAACCAUUUGGAUUUUCAAAUCCUCUCUCUGAAUACAUUUUUGAAUUAUGAGGUCAUUUUUGUCUGUUUAUGGGGCUGAUGUAUGACCAAGACUAGAAUUAUUUGCUAUUAUCACAACUUUUGUUUUUAAUUUUGUACAUUACUUUUAUUUGUUAUUGUAACAUGUACUAACCUCUUUAACUGCCGAGAUUUUUAUCUAAAUAACUCUGAAAGUCAGGCCAAGAAACACAAGCACUCAGACAAUGGUAAAGACGGACUAAAUUAACAGAUUACAACAAAAAAUAUCAAAAUAGAAAUAAAAAGGAGUAAGACUUAAAUUGGGAUCUGGUAAAAGUUAGGUAGAGCAGUAGAGCAACUGGCCCUGGAAAUAUUUGUUUUCCAGUUAAAUGUUAGUAACCAUUAAAAGCGUUGCGGUCAGAAUCUAAAUAAAGCUGUAAAUGCAAAGGCC